AUGAAUAAUUAUAUCUCAUAUCAUGAUGGGAAUAUCAAUGAAGAUAUUUUUAAUGAAGAUUCUAUUGAUAGGAAACAUCAUCUAUACAAUUCAUCAGCAUCUGUUCAACUUCAACGAACAAAUGUAAAUUAUCCAAUAUUACAUCAAACUCCAUCAUCAAAUCAAACAUAUGUACAUCAACAACGAGAUGUUUUACCAAAAAAUUAUCGUCGCAAAUCAAUUAAUGAUGAUAUUAUUACAAUUGAUCAUAAUGAUGCUGAUACUUCAUUCAUAUUACCAAAUUUAUAUGAAUUACCUGAAGAUAUUCGUAUUCGUGUUAUGGAUAAUCUUGUUGAUAUACCAACAAUGGUAUCAUUGGAAGAAACAAAACGUCUUAAUUGGUGGGUUAAUAAAAAAUUACCAUGUACGAAAUUAUAUCCUUUAGUAACAAGCGGAGAUGGAAAUUGUUUAUUACAUGCAACAUCACUUGCAAUGUGGGGUUUUCAUGAUCAUUCAUUAUCAAUGCGUAAAGCAUUAAAUGAAACAUUAAUUACAUCAAAACCAAAUAAUUCACUUUAUCGACGUUGGCGUUGGACUCAAUCAGUACAAAAUAAAAAAUAUGGUCUUGUUUUUUCUGAACAAGAAUGGAAUGAAGAAUGGAGAAGCUUAUUACGAUUAUCAUCAGCUGAACCACGAAUUUCACAAACAAAUUCUUCGAUUGAUGAAAUCAAUUAUUCAAAAUCAUCUCAAACAAAUAGUGAUCUUUCAACAAAAUCUUCAUCACAAUCAACUCGACAAUAUUAUGAAAGUUUAGAAGAAUUUCAUGUUUAUGUUCUUGCAAAUAAUAUUCGUCGACCAAUUGUUAUCUAUUCCGAUACAAUAUUACGUACAAAUGAUGGUGAAGCUAUUUCACCAAUUGAAUUCGGUGGAAUUUAUUUACCAUUAGAAAUUCCUCCUGAUAAAUGUCAUAAACAACCGAUAUUUUUGGCAUAUGAUGCUGCACAUUUUUCAGCUCUUCUACCUAUGGAACAAAAUAGUAAAUCAACAUCAAAAAGUACUACUUAUCGAAUACCAUUAAUUGAUAUUGAAACAUUGGAUAUAUUACCAAUUCAUUUUUUUAUUGAUCCUGGUUUAAAUUUUCAAUGGCCAAUUGAUGAAGAAUUAUCUGAUGAUAAAAUAAAUUUCUAUACAAAUUAUAAAGAAAAUCGAAUGGAUAUUUUAGAAAAAUAUUUAAAUUUAUCAAAAGAAUAUAUUUCAUUAAAUAAUUUAUUUUCUUAUAUAAUAAAACCUAAACAUGAUAAUCAUAUAUUAACAACAGAUAUUAAUUUAUCAAAUCAAUUUAAUUCAACAAUAAUAAAUCAUAAAAAAUUUUCUCGUCCAUCAUUAAAUUCAUUUUCAAAAAUAUUUCGUCGAACAUUUAUUGAACCAUUUUCAUCAACAAAACGUAUAUCACAUAAAAAUUCACCUUAUAAUUCAAUACAAAAUACAACAAAUUUAUCAAUUAUUAAUCAAAAUCAAAAAUUAUCAUCAUUAUUAAAUCAUCAUACAAAUAUUUUAACAAUAAUAUUAACUAAUUUUCAACCAAAACGACCACAAACAUCUGAUAAUAUGAUUAAAAAUUAUAUUGAUACAUGUAUGAAUGAAUAUUAUUUUGAAAAAACUCAAAAAUUAAUCAAUAAUGAAAAUGAAAAUUUACAAAAUAUUGAACCAUUAACAAAUUUAGAUGAAAAUAAUACUUCAAAUAUUAUCAAUCAUUGUUCUGAUUUAACGGAUAGUUCAGUAUCAACAACAAAUUCAUAUCAUCAAGAUAUUAUUUCAUCUAAUAAAUCUACUAAUAUAAAUAAAAACUUAAAUGAUAAACAAACAAAACGUAAAUUACUUCAAAUACCAUUAAAUUCUUUAAAUAAAACAAUUUUAUUAAAUCAAAAUUUACAAAAAAAUUCUAAUAUUGAUAAUUUAAUAUCAAUAGAUAAUAGUCAAUUUUCAACAAAUAUUAAUUAUAUCGAUCAAAUACAAUCAAAAUCAAAUCGAUUUAUACAAAGUAAUAGUCUUGAAAUGACUAAUGAUCAAUAUUCUAAUCUUGAUAGUAUCUCAAAUAAAAUUAUUUCUAAUCAAAAAUUAAUUUCAUCACCUUUAAAACGUCAACAAUCAUUAAGUUCUGAUAAAACAUCAAAUAAUUUAUCGGAAAAUAAUCAAAAUUUAAAUGAUUUUCAAUCAACAAAUAUAAAUAUUAAUAAACGUAUACAAAUAUCAAAUCUUACACAACACAAACAUCUUUGA